UCGUAUCAGACAUAUCCUGGGCAGUUUCCAAUUUGUCUUACGCGUGCAUGUAGUUGUUUUAUUUUGCCUACUAAUAAUUAUUAGUCUUAGUGGUAACUUCUGGAAACGUAGUGUCAUGUUCCUGUACAAACAUCAAUUUGAUAUUUAUUGAUUGGACUACAGUGCGGAAAGAAUUACUACACGCAACAGUGAACAAAGAGACUUUAAACGUACAGUGGUAUAACUUGUACAGGAAUUUUAUUAUCAUCGCUCGCAAAAGAUAAGAUAAGUCUCGGGUAACGUGACCGGAAUGAUCAGCGAUCCGGUAUUCCCCUACGGCUAUACAAGGUGGUCAAAUGUGAUCAGUAGAAUUCCAGACGUUGUCCUAAAUAUAUAAAGCUGGACAAUACCAACAUGAGGGAAAUGCAGUAUAUAUUAAUCCUCUUACUAGCCGGUAUUUACGAUACUCAACAGAGAUCUACGGCAGAAUCCGAUACUUACAUGGCAGCUGUGGUGGAGUUUCCGCCUGUAUUUUUUAAAGACGAUGCUAAUUUAACCCUUUUGACAAAUGCAAAGUCUUACGUUAAUUACAUUCACCGAGCGGGUAACCAGAGUGCCGAUAUAAUUGUAUUUCCGGAAGAUGGCCUAACGGGACUUAAUCUGCCCAACAGAAAAGAAUUAGACCCGUGGAUGACUAUUAUUCCUGACGCUGUUGAUAAUUAUACGCCAUGCACUGGAAGCACUUUAUCUGUGAGUGAUGCAUUGAAGCUCAUAUCUUGCGCAGCCAGGGAUAAUCAGAUUUACGUUGUUAUAAAUAUUGCUGAAAAAUUACCUUGCGAAAAAGAUGGAUGUCCAAGUGACAAGUUUUUGUAUUAUAAUACUAAUGUCGUUUUCGAUCGAAACGGAAAAGUGAUUGCUAAGUAUCGAAAAACGAAUCUAUUCGGCGAGUACCAAUUUAAUGUCACGGAAAUACCGGAAGUAGUCACUUUCGAUACAGAUUUUGGCGUGACUUUUGGGACGUUUAUUUGUUUCGACAUUCUAUUUAAAGUGCCGGCUAUGAAUUUGACAAGAGUAUUGGGUGUCAAGGAUAUUAUUUUUUCUACAGCCUGGUUUUCUGAAUCGCCUUUCUUGACAGCCGUGCAGACACAAUACGGUUGGUCGUUCGCGGAAGACGUGAAUUUAUUAGCCUCAGGAUAUAAUAAUCCUCAAAGGGGAAAUGCUGGCAGCGGAAUUUACUUGGGUCGUAACGGUGUGGGUACGGCUAUAAUGCCCUUGCAGAAGAAGGAAGCUCUAUUGGUAUAUGAAGUCCCCAAAAAAAUCAAAUCAACUGUAGUAACUAAAAAUCAAGAUGAUAUUUCAAACUCGAAAGAAUGCUCAAAGGCCGACAUCACAAUACCGUCACAAUCGCAGAAACCGCUAGAAUAUGGAACUGUUUAUGAUUUAACUCUUAUCUACGAUAAUCUCGACGUUUUUGAAACUGCUAUAUUGACCGAAGGGGUUACAGAAACAAAAUUAUGUCAAAAUAAAUUUUGUUGUGACUUUUCUGUAAAUAUGAGUAACGCCAAUUCCAAUACGACGUACCUUUUGGCUGUUUUUUACGGUACUCGUACGUACGUACGUACUAUAGUAGCUGGAACUGCUUCGUGUGCUGUUAUUCAGUGCUCAAAUAAAUCAUCUACUUCUUGCGGUCGAGUACAAAAUUCAGAUACGGUUUUCAAUUCGCUUGUAAUUACUGGCACAUUUGAGAAUUGCAAUGAUGUUAUUGUGAUGCCAAUGUCUCUCAAUAGUUCGAUACUUCCUAUAGCUCAUGAUACAUAUAUGGAAACCAUUCAUGAAGAGCAUAAACACGUAACCAUAUCUAUUCAACCAUCGACGAAAAAUCUUGUUACCUUUGCUUUGUAUGCCAGGGACUUCACUAGGGAUGGUUUAGUUAGUUCAGCGAGUGGCUACAAAUAUAUAUUUUACAGUUUUAUCUUACCAGUUAGUAUAUUUUUGUAUUUAUUUACUUGGGCUUGAAAGCGUCUUGAUGCCAUGCUAUUUUUAAGUAUUCCCUAUGCCUACAAUUACUUUUGUAUUUGAGAUUAUUGGAGAAAUUUACAAAGCUGUAUAAUGAUAUGUAUAUGAUUUUGUAUUUUGUUAAAGUAAGACAAUUAAUAAUUGUAUACUGAAUAAAAUGAUAUCGUUUUAUAGUUUUGUACGGAAA